AAUACAGCACCAACCACUCCUUGAUCUUCACAAACAAAUCACAAAACCUUUCAAAUCACCCCCUGCCUAUUCAAAUCACCACCGUUGAUUCUACUUUUUUCCGAUCAGCACCACAAUGGCCGAAGAGAAGCACCACCACCACCACUUCCACCACCACAAGGACGACGAAGACAAGCCCAUCGAUUCAGCUCCUUAUUCCGGCACCACCACCGGAUAUGGUGACACCACCACCGGAUAUGGUGGCACCACCACCGGCUACGGUGGCGUUGAAGAAGUGACCACCUAUGGUGAGACCACCAACGCCUAUGGAAGCGGUGGUGGAGGGAGUGAGUAUAGUGAGAGUACUGGUGUUUAUGGAACUACAGCACCUCCUCGUUUUUCUGAGGAAACCCCUGAUUUUGAGAAAGAGGUUAAGCAACACAAGCACCGUGAGCACCUUGGUGAGCUUGGUGCUGUUGCUGCUGGCACUUUUGCCUUGUAUGAGAAGCAUCAGUCAAAGAAAGACCCAGAGCAUGCCCACAAGCAUAAGAUAGAGGAAGAGAUAGCAGCUGUGGCUGCAGUUGGAUCUGGUGGGUAUGCAUUCCAUGAGCAUCAUGAGAAGAAAGAUGCCAAGGAAGAAGAUGAAGAGUCCCAUGGCAAGAAGCACCACCACCUCUUUUAACUUUUGAGUGGCUUGCUCUGUACUAUGUCUUCUGCUUUUUUUCAUCUUUAAUUUGUGGUUUGUCUUUAAUUUUAUUAAGUGAUCAAACUACCCUAAAUAAUUAUAGUUUGUGUUGAGUCAGUUUGUGGUUGAUUACUGGGUCUUUGGUUUCUAUGCCAUGACCUGGUAUGAGGGUUGCAGGUGUUAUCUUGGCCCUGUUAUCAUGUGAUGUGAUGUUUAUAAUAAUUGUGUUUUGAGUAGCGUUCAA